AAGCGGGAACAUAGGACACAGAAGAAGAACGACAAUAACAAUAUCAUCCAAAGACCAUUGUCGCUGCCAUCAAAAUUUUGGUUCUCUGAUUCCCUUUUGCGGGAUCAGAGGAUCACCACCAUCGUUUUCUUCCUCACCCCUUUCAUAGGUUACUUCUUUCCUUCUCUCUCUCUCUCUCUCACUUGCAUUGCAUUCCUUCCCUCCAUUGCCUCUCAUUGCAAAAUGCAGUUUUGAGGAAUCGGAGGGUUCUUUCUCACGAUUUCUCGAAACCGCGCGAGAGGAAAAUGGAAGGGUGGCUCUAUCUCAUUCGCCCCAAUCGCUUUGGUCAGCAUUACUCUCGCAAGAGGUACUUCAUCCUCAAAGACAAUGUCCUACAUAGCUACAAGAUCAAACCCGCUACCCAAAUGGAGGAGCCCAUUAGAAGUGCAAUAAUAGACUCCAGCAUUCGGGUUAAUGACAACGGAAGGGAGAAUAUCAACAAAAAGAUGUUUUUUGCUUUCACUCUGUAUAAUGUCACAAAUCAAAGUGAUAAGCUUAAGUUAGGAGCGAGUAGUUCAGAAGAAGCUGCAAAAUGGAUGCGUUCCUUGCAGGAUGCUGCAUUUAAGGAGUGCCCAAGUCCAGCAAAGGAUUUUGCGAUCGGUUCCACGAGAAGACGUUCAACUUUGAGAAAUGGAGGCUCAAAAAGCGUGGAUUGGAAAUAUUCUAACGUGAAUUUUCAAUCAUGCAUUUACUCUGAAGCGAUGACCGCUGAUGUUAUUGCCCCUUCACCAUGGAAGAUUUUUGGUUGUCAGAAUGGACUAAGGAUGUUCAAAGAAGCCAAAGAAUGGGACUCCAAUGGAAAUCAUUGGGGUGAUCACCCAGCAAUAAUGGCAGUUGGUGUGGUUGAUGGAACUUCAGAGGCCAUCUUCCAUACUCUUAUGUCUCUUGAUCCCUCUAGAUCAGAAUGGGAUUUUUGUAUUUAUAGAGGCAAUCUGGUUGAGCAACUUGAUGGUCAUACAGAUAUUAUUCAUCUGCAGCUGUACAAUGAUUGGCUACCAUGGGGAAUGAAACCAAGAGAUUUAUUGUUGCGAAGAUACUGGAGGAGGGAGGAUGAUGGCUCAUAUGUGUUAUUAUUUCAUUCUGUGUAUCAUUCCAAGUGUCCACACAAGAGAGGCUACGUCCGAGCUUGCCUUAAAAGUGGAGGAUUUGUAGUGACUCCUGUUAACAAAGGAACGCAGUCAGUUGUGAGACAUAUGCUUGCUGUUGAUUGGAAACUUUGGAAAUUGUAUUUGCGCCCCACAUCUGCAAGAUCAAUAACCAUUCGUAUGCUUGAACGUGUUGCAGCAUUAAGAGAGUUGUUUAGAACCAAAGGAGGAAAUUUCUCAUCUGAUCCUCUUGUAAUGACAAAAGAUAUUGGGUUGCCUCUAGGUGUAAAGGAGGAUAUUAAGACCGAAGUUACAGAAGAGAAGACCAAGUUUGAGGAACCUCUUAUUGUACUUAAAGAUGAGGUAGAACCUUCUAGUCGUUCAAGUUUAAUGGGAUUGAAUGAUUCUGAUGAGUUCUUUGAUGUUCCUGAACCAACGGAUUAUGAUCACUUUGACAAUGAAUGGCAUUCUGACUUGACUUCAGAACAGAUGUCUGUGUCCCACCCAAGACUAUCAUCAGCAGCUGGUUUGGUGAAAAAAUUACACGACCUAGCAGUUCACAAAAAGGGGUAUAUGGAUUUGCAAGAAUCUGCCAAGGAGGAAAGUCCAUCAUGCUCUUAUGGAGCCACUCUUCAACAGGAUUCAACCUGUGCUUUACCCUGCACCUGGGCUGCUUCUGACCCAUCUUUGUUUUUGGUUCGAGGAGAAAAUUAUUUACGAGAUCAUCAGAAGAUCAAGGCAGAAGGAACCAUGAUGCAACUGGUUGGUGCAGACUGGCUUCGUUCUGACAGAAGAGAAGAUGCCUUGAGUAGUCGUCCUGGUUCCAUAGUUCAGCAAUAUGCAGCUCAAGGUGGACCAGAAUUCUUUGUUGUUAUUAACAUGCAAAUUCCCGGAAAUCCUAUGUAUUCCCUUGCACUCUAUUACAUGAUGAAAACUCCUUUGGAAGGCAAUCCCUUGUUGCAGAGCUUUGUUAAUGGAGAUGAUGCUUAUAGGAACUCAAGAUUUAAGCUGAUACCAUAUAUUUCUAAGGGAUCAUGGAUAGUCAAACAAAGUGUUGGAAAGAAAGCAUGUUUGAUUGGACAAGCGCUAGACACACGUUAUAUCCGUGGCAAAAACUUCUUAGAGCUUGAUAUCGACGUUGGAUCUUCAACAGUAGCAAGAGGGGUGGUUAGUCUAGUUCUUGGAUACCUGAAUAAUUUGGUGGUAGAAAUGGCAUUUUUGAUACAGGCCAACACACAAGAUGAACUCCCGGAAGUCCUCCUUGGAACAUGUAGACUAAAUCAUAUGGACGCAUCGAAAGCAUUUCUGGUGAAUGAAUAAUUUAUUUACCUAGGAAUUCUUUCGGUGUCUUUGAGGAGUAGAAGUUGAUACUCCUACACCGGAGAAAACUAAGGAUUAUAAAUGUUACAUGUUCAUAAACCUGCUUUCAUGUUUUGUCCACCCACUCAAAGUUGACCAUUUUGAUUUGACUGGUGGUAGGAGUUUUCCUAUGAAUUUUCUGCUGGGGCUGCUCCAUUUGCAACUUAAAGCAGUUUUCAUUACUUUCCUCUCUGAUCACAUGUUGUACAAUAUUAAUUCCUUGGCCUAGUUCCUGCCAUGAAUUAAUGUAAUAUGCAAAUCAGAUAUCUGGAAAUAAAAAUUUUAAAAUACAUGUUCCCAAUUUAAAAUUA